AGGUUAGGUCUUGAAGUUUCCUCCAGGCUCCAUUGUUUUGAAAUAUUCUUGGUUCUUUUGAAAUAUACCAAAUUUUAUAUCUGAAUUCAUCAUAGAAUAACAUAAAUAAAACAAGAAAAUUUUAAACAGAAUCAUGGCUCCUAAAGCAGGUGGAUAUUCCGCAAAGGGAAAUUCAGCAGUUUAUAAAGAUAAAAGUAAGCCGACAGAUAUUCGGCUGAGCAAUAUUAAUGCCGCUAAAGCUGUUUCUGAUGCCAUUCGUACCAGUUUGGGACCAAGAGGAAUGGAUAAAAUGAUCCAAGCCUCAAAUGGUGAAGUCACAAUUACAAAUGAUGGAGCUACUAUCCUUAAACAAAUGAGUGUCAUCCAUCCAGCAGCUAAAAUGUUGGUGGAGUUAUCCAGAGCGCAAGAUAUAGAGGCCGGAGAUGGCACUACAUCAGUUGUUGUGAUCGCCGGAGCUUUGCUUGAUGCUGCUGAGAAGUUACUUCAAAAGGGAAUUCACCCAACAGUUAUUUCUGAUGGAUUCCAGAAAGCUCUGCAAAUGGCAUUACAGGUUGUUGAAGGCAUGUCAACUCCUGUGGACUUGGCAAAUGAAGAUGCCCUGCUCAAGGCAGCCGCCACUUCACUCAACUCAAAGGUUGUGUCGCAGCACUCAACUAUUUUAGCACCAAUUGCAGUGCAGGCUAUUCGUGCAGUGAUGGAACCCAUCCCUAAUGGAAUUGGGGCUCGUGUGGAUCUCCGAGAUGUUAAAGUAAUUGAACGUAUCGGUGGCACUGUUGAAGACACAGAGCUCAUACAAGGCCUUGUCAUCCCCCGUCGCGCUAACAAUGUCAAUGGACCACACAGAAUCGAGAAAGCUAAAGUUGGACUUAUUCAGUUCUGUAUUUCACCACCAAAGACAGAUAUGGAUCAUAAUGUGAUAGUCUCUGAUUAUGCAGCAAUGGAUCGCGUUCUAAAGGAAGAGCGCCAAUACAUUCUUAAUAUUGUUAAACAGAUAAAGAAAGCUGGCUGCAAUGUUUUACUUGUCCAGAAAUCUAUUUUAAGGGAUGCUCUGAGUGACUUAGCCAUUCAUUUCUUGGACAAAAUCAAAACUAUGGUUAUCAAGGAUAUUGAGAGGGAAGAUAUUGAAUUUGUAUGCAAAACGCUAGGCUGCCGUCCGAUCGCCUCGCUCGACCAUUUCACCGCUGAAAAUUUGGUCAAUGUGGACCUGGUUGAGGAAAUCAAUGAACCAUGUGGGAAAUACAUUAAGAUGACGGGAUGUGCCGGCGGCGGCAAGACUGUGUCGGUCCUGGUGCGUGGUACGAGCAACGCCGUAGUCGCCGAAGCCUCACGCUCGCUGCACGACGCGCUUUGCGUUGUCAGAUGCGUUGCCCGUCGGCCGGCGUUGAUCGCGGGCGGCGGUGCGCCCGAGGCGGCGGCGGCGGCGGCGUUGGCGCGCGCGGCGGUCGCUGCGCCCGGCGCGGACCACUACUGCCUGCGCGGGUACGCCGACGCGCUCGAGGUUGUGCCCUCAACACUCGCCGAGAAUGCCGGUCUUAACCCCAUCGAGACGGUGACAGAGUUGCGCGCGGCGCACGCUGCGGGCGCGGGCGCGAGCGCGGGCGUGAACGUGCGGCGCGGGCGCGUGACGGACAUGCGCGCCGAGCACGUUCUGCAGCCGCUGCACGUCACGGCGUCGGCACUCGCCCUCGCCACAGAGACUGUGCGCGCUAUACUCAAGAUUGAUGACAUUGUCAACACAAUAAAUUAAAUUCACCUACAAUAACUACUUUGGAAGAAUGGUUGUAACAUUUUAUUGCUUACAAAUACAACUUAUGAUUCAACAUACAAUUACAUUUCUAGUAAUUGGUUGCUUACUUAAAACUUACAUAAUUUAUAAAGUAUUAAGCAUUUGUUAGAAAUAGUUCUUAAUUUUAGUCUCAAUAUUCUAUGCUUUACAAUGUAUUUUAAUUUUAUUAAAAUAAACAUUAACAAUACUA